AUGCGCUUCCAGUUCAACAACUGCUUCGUCAAUGGAUGUGAUGGUUCAAUGCUAAUGGAUGACACAGACAACAUGCUUGGGGAAGAGCUCUCCCUCUCCAACAUCGAUUCCCUUCGAAUCAUCCUUUGUUUUUUUUUGUACUCUGUUUUCGUUCUCUUUGCCGAAUCAGACGAGUGGUCCCAACUGGGAAGUGAAGUGUUGUGUGCUUUGGUUUGGGAUCGAGUUUCUGAACCUUGA